AUGGCUCUCUCCAAAGCAUCCUUCUUGACGCACCUCAGAGCCGUGGCGAACCCUCGCCGGUAUCCUCCCUCUUCCCUCUCCCUCCGCAUGCUCUCGUUCUCCUCCCCGGAGGAAGCUGCGGCGGAGCGCCGCCGACGCAAGCGGCAGCUUCGCAUGGAGCCUCCUCUCUCAGCCCUGAACCGCACGCAAACCGCACCAAAAACCCAACAACAAACCCCCUACUACCUGAACCCUAACAACCCGAAGCUACCGGAACACGUGUCCGCCCUCACCGGCAAUCGGCUGAACCUGCAUAACCGCAUUCUCACCCUCGUCCGCGAAAACGACCUCGACGAGGCCGCUCUCUACACGCGACACUCUAUCUACUCCAACUGCCGCCCAACCAUCUUCACUAUCAAUGCCGUCCUCGCGGCACUCCUCCGCCAAUCCCGCUACGCAGACCUCCUCUCCCUCCACCGCUUCAUUACCCAGGCCGGCGUCGUCCCCAACAUCAUCACUCACAACCUCGUCUUCCAGACCUACCUCGAUUGCCGCAAACCCGACACAGCUCUCGAACACUACAAGCAGUUCCUCAACGACGCCCCCAUGAACCCUUCCCCAACCACUUACCGUAUUCUCAUCAAAGGCUUGGUCGAUAACAACAAGCUUGAGCGUGCCAUGGAAAUUAAAAGCGAAAUGGACUCUAGAGGUUUUGCGCCUGACCCUCUUGUUUACCACUACUUAAUGUUGGGUCAUGCUAGGGUUUCCAAUGGUGAUGGCGUUUUAGGGCUUUAUGAGGAGCUGAAAGAGAGGUCGGGUGGGGUUGUGGAUGAUGGGGUUGUUUUUGGUUGUUUGAUGAAAGGUUAUUUUAUUAAGGGGAUGAAGGAGGCUAUUGAUUGUUAUGAGGAGGCUUUGGGGAAGAAGAUGAGUGCUGUGGGUUAUAAUUCGUUGCUUGAUGCGCUCUCUAAGAAUGGGAGGUUUGAUGAGGCGUUGAGGCUUUUUGAUAGGAUGAUGAAGGAGCAUGAACCUCCCAAAAAGUUGAGUGUUAAUUUGGGUAGCUUUAAUGUGAUUGUGGAUGGUUAUUGUGGUGAAGGGAGGUUUAGGGAGGCGAUUGAGGUUUUUAGGAGGAUGGGGGAGUAUCGGUGUAGCCCAGAUACUUUGUCCUUUAAUAACUUGAUUGAGAGGUUGUGUGAUGAUGGGAGGGUCGUCGAGGCGGAGGAGGUUUAUAGGGAGAUGGAGGGGAAGGGGGUAAAUCCUGAUGAGUUUACUUAUGGGUUGUUGAUGGAUGCUUGUUUCAGAGAGAAUAGGGCUGAUGAUGCAGCUGUGUAUUUUAGGAAAAUGGUGGACUCAGGGUUGAGGCCUAACUUAGCUGUUUACAAUAGGUUGGUUGAUGGGUUGGUUAAGGUGGGGAAGAUUGAUGAAGCCAAGGGUUUCUUUGAGUUAAUGGUAAAGAAGCUCAAGAUGGAUGUUGCUAGCUAUCAGUUCAUGAUGAAGGUGCUGAGUGACGCGGGGAGGUUGGAUGAAAUGCUUCAGAUUGUUGAUACGUUAUUAGAUGACACUGGGGUUGAUUUUGAUGAAGAGUUCCAAGAGUUCGUCAAGGUUGAGUUGAGAAAAGAAGGGAGAGAAGAUGAGCUGACCAAGAUGAUGGAGGAGAAAGAAAGGCUCAAAGCUGAAGCCAAAGCUAAGGAGGCCGAGGCAGCCGAAGCUGCCAAAAGAAGUGCUAGGGCUGCAGUAGCUUCCUUACUUCCAUCCAAGUUGUUUGGAAACAAGGAAACGGAUUCAGAAUCUAAGUCAGAGGGUGAUAUUCAACCUCUCAAUAAAGAGAGCUCAGAUUAUACUGCUUCUGAAGCAGCGUUGACAGAGAAAACGACUGAAACUGAGGGUGAUAGAGCAAGUGAACAAUGA